AUGUGCUUUGGCUUAUAUAAGGUGUUCCAAGAUAGAAAGCAAAAAAUGGUGAAAGAGAAAAUUUUCAAACGAAAUGGCGGCCUUCUAUUGCGACAACAAACCAAUGAAGGGGUACUUGGAAAAACAAAAGUUUUCAGCGCAAAUGAGUUGGAGGUAGCCACUGAUAACUUUAACGAAAGCAGAAUUCUUGGACAUGGAUGGCAAGGCACGGUUUAUAAAGGAAUGUUAUCCGAUGGUAAGAUUGUGGCCAUAAAGAAAUCAAAGGUGGUUAAAGAGAACCAAUUGGAACAGUUCAUUAAUGAGGUGGUCAUAUUGUCACAAAUCAAUCACAGGAAUGUGGUCAAAUUGUUGGGUUGUUGUUUAGAGACAGAGGUUCCGCUGCUUGUCUAUGAAUUCAUGCCGAAUGGGACCCUUUUUUAUCUCAUUCAUGAUCCAAACAAUGAAUUUCCGUUUUCAUGGAACACUCGUUUGAAGAUCGCAUCAGAUAUAGCAGGUGCACUAGCCUACCUACACUCUGCAUCUUCCAUGCCUAUCUAUCAUAGAGAUGUCAAGUCUACUAAUAUCCUUCUAGAUGAGAAAUAUGUGAUCAAGGUAUCAGAUUUUGGAACUUCGAGGUCCAUUGCUGCGGAUCAAACUCACUUGACUACUCUGGUUAAAGGAACAUUUGGCUAUUUAGAUCCAGAGUAUUUUCAGUCGAGUCAGUUCACUGAAAAGAGUGAUGUUUAUAGCUUUGGCGUAGUUCUGGUCGAGCUUCUUACUGCGCAAAAGCCAAUAUCUUUUGAUAAAACUGAAGAGGAAAGAAGUCUAGCUACACGGUUUCUAACAUGCAUGGAAAAAAAUUGUUUGAACACAAUUUUAGAUCCCCGUGUUUGGGAAAAAGGAAGAAAGGAAGAGGUGAUACUAGUUGCGAGGCUUGCACAAAGAUGUUUGAACUUGAAGGGGAGAAUGAGACCGACUAUGAAAGAAGUGGCUACUGAAUUGGAAUGUUCUAGGAUAUUUGAAACGUCGACGGGUGUUAAUGUUGAAUCUGAAGAUGCGAGAGACAUAAGAGACUUUGAAGACAUGCCCACGAUGAUUUCAGACAUUGAAUACACAUGGACAGGUAGUUACAAGAAUGCUUCUGCAUCCUCACCAUUGGACACACAUCCUUUAAUGUACGCAUCUACUAUUUGA